AUUAUGCCCAUCACUACUUCCGUGACGGUCACAGUAGUCAAAACACUCGUAACUUGUAGUAGGCUACCGCAAUAGUGCAAUACAAUUAAUAGUCAAUAGUAGUAGACAUAUAGAUAGGUACACCUGCUAUAUUUGUACCACCUACUUAUCGAUAAUCAAUAAUAAUAAAUAAUAAUACUAUAAUUACAAUUAUAUUUACCGUUUGGUUUGCAGCGAACGGAUAACGUAAAUAACAAACACAACUGCGCAAACGACGCGAUAAUCUCUCUCCGAUUCGAUCGUUUUUAGUAGUUUUUACCCUCGUCGACGACUACAACCAAAAAACUCGCGUAAUCGAGCUAUGAACGACACCGCCGGUGGUCGACAGUCAAAGCUCGAGGAUCUGGAUAUUACUAAACAGGAAUUGGACAGUAUCGGCGAGGCGUUGAAGAAUGAACAGUUUCGCAAACUGCUGUGCGAAUAUGUGGACGAAAUCAACGACCCGGAGAAUCGAGCGCAGUAUGAACGAGAGAUUGAACAGUACGAACUAGAACGCGGAACCAGUGUGACGUUCGUCCGUCCUCAGCCCGGAUAUGUGUUGAAGACUAGCGCCAAUGGCGAACGAAAGGUGUUCGUCAACUUGUGCUGUUGCGAUGUUGUACAGAAACCGAUCAGCCGCUCUGGCAGUGGAGGCGAUCAUUGGUCUCUGCCACACUGCCUGUCACCGGUGCGUCAAGAUUAUGACAAGGCCCACAAACCGUGCGACGUGUACGAUGUGGUGUUUCAUCCGGACGCACUUAAAUUGACCAAGCACGGCAAGAGUUUCAAAGACAUGGUAGAAGAUACGGCACUUAGUAUGAUUGAGAAGAACAACAAUGUGGUUUUGGACAAGGCUAAUAUCAAGUAUCCGAAAAUUGCAUUCAAAGGUGUUGCUCGGUCAUUGGUCAUACGUAAGCCAAUCAAGGAUUUCCAACCAUCUCCCGAUCAACAAACUUCUGAAUUACCUGGGUGUCCUUAUCAGCCUCCAGUGGAUCGACCGGUUCAACAUCAUGAUCUUGGAUCAUUGAAACAAAAAUCACUAUUUACUGUUCCUAAGUACAUAAUAAAAUAUCGUAACGACAUAGACAUCCAAGAACAUGGCUAUAAUAUGCAUUGUAAAAUGAAUGCGGUCAUACCUAAAGAGUUAAUUAUUGAAAUUAAUUUGCCACUUUUGGAUUCUUCGGCUAAUGUUGAACUUGAUGUGCUCCCCAAGACUUUAAAAUUAAUUUGUCAGAAGCCUUCAAAAUAUAAACUUGAUAUCAAUUUGCCUUAUAGCGUUUUGGAAGAAGAAGGUAAUGCUACAUUCGAUCAAAGCACUAAAAAGCUUAUUAUACGCCUUCCGGUCUUGCGGACAGAGCCAUCACUAGAAUAUGUAAAGCAUCUUGUUAGUGAGGUUGAAACGCCAAAAGAUGAAAAUGGUCAUGACUUUGAUGUUGCAAAUAGUCAUUUAGACAAGAUUGUGAUUGAUAAUGAAACUAACAUUGAUGACCAAGAUUGUAAUACUAAGAAUAUUAAUAAAGUUAUAGUCACUAAUGGUAAUGACAAUGUGAACACAAAUGAUCUUAAGGACAACACUGUAUAUAAUAGUUGUAAUAAUAAUAAUAUCACUGAAAAUGAUGAACACUAUAUCCUGCCAGAACACGAAUUUAUUUUUGAAAAUAAAUGUUUUCUUACGCUCAAUGUAAAAAAUGUUGAUCCAACAUCAAUUGAUGUGAUAGUUGUUAAAGACAAAAAUUUGAUCUCCGGUAAAUUUCAUUCCAUUGGUUCAGGAUUUUUUCCUAUAUGGUAUGCUUUUUGCCUAAAAAUUCCAUCCGAAACGAGCUUAUUAAAGUCUGAUGUCAAUGUAUUACCUUCUGAUAACAAUGUUAUAAUAAAUUUUUCUAUACAUUUUAAACCAGACAAUAAUCAAUAUUGGUAUGGCCUCAAUCAAGAUAACUUAAUAAUGCAGUGUAUUAAAAUGGAAACACUUAAAGAAAAUUCAAAACCUUUAACCAACGGUGUUAAAAUUCCCUCCAAUGACAGUGAUGACGAUAAUGAUGAUGAUGUAUUUGACGAUAGUAAAGAAGAUGAAUCAAAUACUCAAAAACAACAGAGCAUCAAGAAAGAUGAUGACAAUUAUCAGUGCAAAGAUAAAAGUGUUAAAGCAACCAAAGAAAAAAAGAAAAAAAAGAAAGGAAAAAAGAUUCAAAAAUCAAAUGCUAUACCAAUAGCUGUUGCCAGUAGUUUACCCGAAUCUAGAAAAACAAUAGAUUUCAUACCUGGCUCGUUGCCAAUUGAAUUUAAUAACAUCAGACCAACAAUUCGUGGAAUCUUAAAAAAAAGAGCUUUGUCUGAAUGUAGUAAUGCAGAUGACGUAAAUUUAUCUCCUCGAAUAUAUAGUUCAUCUGUGGAUAAUGUGGACACUGAAAGCUCCGAUGUACUGGGGUCAAGCUUAAAUGAUUUUAGUUCAAAAAAAACAGUUCGUUUUAAUGAUCAUGUCAUUGAAAAAAAGAUUAACUUUAAUAUAAGCAUAGCAGCACAAGCAAAAAAACAUAGACAACGUCAGCAGCGUAAACGUAAUAUACGAGAAUAUAAUACUCCCAGUGAAAGUGAAGCAUCUGAAGCUGAAGACAGAGCAUAUGGGCCAUUAAAUGUGGUUUCAGAAAGCGAAGAGACCAGUGUAUCAGAAAGUAGUGCUGGUGAAAUGUCUGAUGAUAAUAGUAAUGGCCCAACAACAACUAUAUCAUCAAAAGUCACUGUUGUAGCUGACUCUAAGAAAGAUCAUAAACGACGCAAGAGUAAAUCAGCCAGGAAAAACGCUUCACUUGCGAAACAGGCAUCAACCAAUAAUUUGAUAUUUCCUAUUGAAUAUUGAGCAAUACUGAACAUCAGACCUCUUCUAUUAUUUAAUACAAUCAUUGAAUCAUAUUAUGUAAAACAUUUAUUAAAUAACUUUAUGGUUAAUGUUUACUAGAUGUUUCUUUUGGUGCGUAGUUUUUUUUAUUUUUAUUAUUAGAAACAUAUAUUACAGUUUUUAUUUGUAAAUUAUUAUCGUCUUGUUUGUUUUUUAACCCAUAUUGGUUGAUUGUGUAUUUUUUAAACUGUUGCAGUCUUUUUGUAUUGAAAUAUAUGUAUCUAUGUUGAAACCAAAA